UCUGAAGAGGACACGGGAUGACAACUUGCAUAGUUGUUGUCGCCGCGGUGGCGAUAAGGCAUUUCAAGCGCAGCCGAGCCUGAACGGAAGAGGAGUCGUGGAGGACCUUUAGUGUCGGAGGUGCUGACACUUGCACUGCGACACCGGAGACCUCCCCGCCCGGGCGACGUCCCCCACACGCCACAGAGGCUCAACUUCACGGCUGACUUUACUGCCGUCGCGACUCCCUACGGUACCGGGAGCCGGAUUCCCGACCUCCGCCUUUCCUCACCCGAGAGCGCCUCCUGCAUACCUGCCCUACCCGCCCCGGGGAUCCAGACCAGCCUCCUUCCAGGACUCCCGAGAGACGCUGCGCACAGCUGCGCGCACUUGGCGAGGACGCGGACGGUAAAGAGGACCGAGCCAUGGAGGUGUGCGCCCGGGGGAAGCCUACUCUGCUGGCGGCGGCGUGCCUCCUCUGGGGGCUGUCAGGUGUUUGGGCCCAGCUCCAGAUGCCGCAAACCAGCAUGGAGGUGAUUGCGGGUCGGAAGGUGGUGCUGCGGGCCUGGUACAGCCCCACACCCGGAAAUGACAUCAACUCCAACGUCAUCAUCUGGAACUUUGUGUCCAACAGCAGCACCAAGUUGAUCAUCACCUAUACAAAGGACUCUGUCAGCACUGGGGCCAAACAGUUCAAGGACCGUGUUGGCUUCACUGUGGCUAUGCCCUCUGCCAACCUGUCACUGUACAUCAACAACACCAAGGAGAUGGACUCUGGACGAUACAUCUGUCAGGUCAUCGUUCCCAGGGGCAGCGGCCUCACCGCUGAGCUCAGUCUCAACGUUAAAGUUCCUCCUGCAGUUCCCAAGUGCUCUCUGUCAGGGAGGCCGGUGAUGAAAGGGAAUGUGACUCUGAACUGUGCGUCCAGUGCAGGCAAACCCAUUCCUAUCUACAAAUGGAGAAGGACCAGCCCCACCUCCGAGGUCUUCUUCUCACCAAUGCUCAAUGAGAAGAUGGGCACUCUGAAACUGAACAACCUGAGCAGCAACAUGUCUGGGAAGUAUGUGUGCAUGGCCAGCAACACUGCUGGUUCAGAGAGCUGCUACAUCGACCUGAAGAUUAUCACAUCCACUAAUGCUGGGGUGAUAGCCGGGGCUACAGUGGGCUCUGUGGUAGGCUUCAUCAUCAUCAUCCUCUUCCUCAUCUUUCUUAUAAGAAGGGGGAGAGACAAUGAGGAUGACAUGGCCAACGACAUCAAGGAGGACGCCCAGGCUCCCAAACGUGUGUCGUGGGCCAAGAGUGGCAUGGGUUCAGAUAUCAUCUCCAAGAAUGGCACUCUGUCCUCCAUCACCUCCAGCCCCCACCAUAAGGACCCCUCGCACCACAACAACCACCACCUACACCAUCACCACCAUCAGCUGCAGCAAUACCCCCAACGGCCUCCUUCGGACACCGCCUCCAUCAUCACCGCAACAGGAAGCACAGCCGGCUACCGGCCGUCACGCCAGCAUGGAGCCUCCACCCCGACCCAUUACUCCUAUAACAACAGCUCCACCUUGCCUCGCGGACAGCCGAUUUCCUCCGAGGCCAGCACCAAUGGCAGCCCUCUGUCCAGAACAGAGCGCACCACCCAGCUGCCCCAGGCUCAACCACAGACCUACAACCAACCUCAGCUCCAGCUCCAGCACCAGGCCGCGCCGCACCCACCACCACUGCCCACCUCUGUGGUCACCGCCUCCAAUAUCACCCGAAUGGGAGGGGUGCCCAUCAUGGUGCCCGCUCAGAACCAGGCAGGUUCUCUGGUCUAACCCCAUCCAACACUGGCAAAACAACGCUGUCAAAACACACUUCCAAACAAUGGCGUACCCUUAUCCGCUCGGGAAGGGCCAGCACGGAGAGUUUUUUAUUUUUUUUAGCGAAUGCUUCAACAACAAUUUGGCUUGUGAUUAGGUAAAAAAGGGCAAAUUCACAUACUGACACUUGCUUUAACACACACACACACACACACAAAGCUUUUGAUACAAUCUAAACACAGUGAUAAAUGUAUGAACAGACUCAUAUAAAGACUGUAGUUACUCACUUUGAGAAUACUCAAGUCUCUUAUACCCGUAUGCACUGAAUGGAAAGUAUGUAUAGAUAUGAUUUUAAAUGCACUCAUGCAGCAUCUUCUUUUCUACUUUAUGGCUGUAUUUUAAUGAUUUAUUUUCUACUUUAGGCGUACUCUUCUUCCCCAAUAUUAUUUUCUCCUCCAUGCCCUAUUAAGCUGAUUUUAUUAACAGAAAAGCAAGAAUACAAAGCCUGGUUUAGCACCAGUGAAAGUGUUUUUUAUGCACAAGACUGAAGUAUAGAGCUCAUCAUGAAAAGAGAAAAGGCCAGCUAUAUUAUAAAGAUAUAAAGUCUUUAAUUCCAUCACUUAUUUCCUCUAUUUUUUUUAAAAAGCAAAAGUAAUUAAUUCCAUUUCGUAAGAAAAAGGGUUGCCCAACUGAAUUUUUCUGAGGGUAAAACGCUGGGUAAAAAAAAUAAAUCAGUAUAUCGCAGUAUAAAUUACUAUGAGCAAAAACCAAAAGUCAAAUGUAGAUACAGUGAAUGGCUUUAGGUCUAUGGAAAAACAAGUUAUCCAGACGCUCAAAGAGUUUUUCAUUCAUGAAAGGUUUCUGAUGAUAACCAACACAUUUCGGGUUUGAGUCCAAAUCCAGUUUUUUGUAAUUUCAAGCAACUAAAGAAGCCUAAAUUUUAAACAUGGUAUUUGUUGUGCGCUGACUGGGUGAAACAUCACCCAACACAAAACAGUUGGGCACAACAGGUCAUCUGUUUCCCAUGAAGAAAAGAAAGGACAUCAUAGCAGGAAUCAGUCAUGUGACGCAUGUUAAGUGGAUCUACUGGCAUUAAUAGACGGCACCAUGUCAUUAUUUUCUGGUCUAAAUCAGGAUUUUUUAAUUUAUGUUUUUUUUUAUUCUGAGGGUUAGGGUUAGGAUUACAUUCACAGUACAGCUCAAAGAAGUAAAUCUGUCUUGCUGUCAGUCUGCAAAUACCUUAUUACAAACAUGAAACCUUUUAUUCUCUUGUAUGACUGUACCGAAAGUAACGAAUGGAAAAACAUGUAAAAAAAAAAAGCUACAGCACAGAGACUACUGAUAAAAAACAGCAAGCGCUGGACUUGCGCUACAACAUUUUAAAUUGAGAAAAGCGUAUAACAGUCACCAGAACCAGCCUGAAAUAAAAUGCACAUACUUUUAUCUCUUAUCUUACUUUCAAGCUAUUUAUCAAUAGAAAAUGUGAAUAGGUCAUACAGGUAGACGCAGAAAAGGGGGAACUAUCCUGUGACCCAAGGACGACACCUGGAGCGGUACCUACUUGAAGUAGAUAUCAGUACAUAAAGUCAGUCUGACAUGGGGCUUAAACAGUAACUUCCUUGAGCUGUGUGUGUGUGUCCAAACGCACAAACCACAAACACACUGGUCUACGACAUGGACAAAUCUCGCCAGUAGUCUAGCUGUUGUCUAAGCCAGUGUUUCCCAACCCAGUCCUCAAGGAACCCUUAUCCUGCAGAUUUUCUUUGCAACCCUGAAUAGGUACCUGUUUGUAAUUAUUCAACCAAUCAGCAAUGAAUUAUGUCAGAUGUUGCACACCUUGCAUAAUAAGUGCUGUGAGAUGAUUGGUUGAGUAAGUACAAGCAGGGCUACCUAUGCAGGGUCACAGUGAAAAUCUGCAGGAUAGGGGUUCCUUGAGGACUGGGUUGGGAAACAUUGGUCUAAGGUAUAAGCGCCCUCCUGUUUUAUGGCCUUUUUACCUCAAAACCUAGACCCAUUUUAACCUACAGCAGAUCAUCUCAAAACGACCCAUUAUGUUGUUAUCGAUCACAACCACAACUACAAGAGUGCAGCCAGAGUGCAGAUCCUCGCCAGCCACUAGCUCCCCUUCUCUGGGGCUCGGACUUGGGUGAAAAACCAGCUGGUGAGUUAGCGCUCAACUGCUACAUACCGUGUCCCACCAACGGCUUGUUCGUGGAAACGUCCAAACAGCGGGAGAUGCUCUUCUGCUGAGGAGCCUCAAAAUCUAAAUAGCGAGAGAGAAAACACCAAAACAGUUACACACUACUUGUAACUGCAGUUGUAAUGCACUGCAUCAAAGCCAUUCUUUGGCUACAAGCUGAUAAUCGAUGCCUACCCGCCGUCUGGAACACGACUGUCGUUUGCUAUGAACGCUGUUCACGGUCGCUACGCGCAGGCAACCUUCAAAUGCCAGAUGGAAUGACUUCAAAAGUGACUUUAUAAAAAGCAAGCCAAACAAAUGCGUUCUGUCCACCAUGAUUUUUUUCCUGCGGAAAACAGAUUUUUCAAAGGUUUUGAAUCAUCACAACCCCCCCCUCCUUUUCUCCCCAAUUGUGCUUGGCCAAUUACCCCACUCUUCUGAGCUGUCCUAGUCGCUGCUCCACCCCCUCUGCCGAUCCGCGAGGGCUGCAGACUAUGCAUGUGGAGUCACCAGCUGCUUCUUUUCACCCGACAGUGAGGAGUUUCACCAGGGGGGACGUAGCGCAUGGGAGGAUCAUGCUAUCCCCCCCCGAACAGGCGCCCCAGAGCAGGCGCUAGUGCAGCGACCAGGACACAUACCCACAUCUUCCCACCCGCAGACACAGCCAAUUGUGUCUAUAGGGACGCCCGACCAAGCCGGAGGUAACACGGGGAUUCGAACUGACGAUCCCCAUGUUGGUAGGCAAUGGGAUCGACAGCCACGCCACCCGGACGCCCCCUUGAUCAUACAUUCAUAACUGUGCACAAAAAUGAGUCGCGAGAUUAGCAGCAGACAGGUACACGGCCAGAAAAAACAGUUUUCCUUCCACUACAAGACUUCUGCAUAGCACCCGAGCUGAUUGAAUGGGAAAUAUAUAAUAAAAAGCUGUUAAUGUGCAGCGCUCAAGCUCCAAAAAAUCUACCUAAAGAAUAUGCAGCAUUUCUUGUGGUGACUGCACCCUAGAGGAAGUUGUUCCUUUAUAACACACAUUUUUUUGAUUAUCAACAUUUUUUCUUAAUAACUUUUGAUCACAACCAUGAGCGGUUUUUCAUCAUACAUAACUGUGCACAAAAUAUUUUAGGCUGAUAGGUCCAGUAGUUUGCCAGGUUAGUUGUGGACAGGCGCACACACACACACAACCAAAUGCAAUAUCCCCUGGAGUUAAAUAAUCUGAGAUAUUAAAAAAAAUCAAGUAACCAUUCCUUUAGGGUGGACUCGCACUAGCCGAUCUGUACUGUGCCUGAGCACAUUUGACUCCAAAAGUCCAUUUCGUUUGACUAGUGUGAUCGCUCCAUACCAUGCUCGGGCACUGUUCAGCAUACUGUGCCCUGGCCCGCUUGAAGAGGUGGGCUCGGGCACGGCUCAGCUGGAUUCGGGCAUGGUACACAUCUAGUGUGAUCGCUAACCAUGCCUGAGCACAGAACUCGAACGCUAUGACAUCAAUAAUGCCACUGUCCCACUUAGCAAAAAUAGCAGCAUGAUUUACUGAAAAUCGCUGCGAUGCAUAAUUGAUACAACUAUAAGGCACGUGAGAGGGUCGUGUGUCACCGGGCCCAGAACUCCUCCAAACCAGCCACGGUAAACAAAAUCAACAACUCCACCGUGCUAUGCGAGAGCGCUUUUUUUCCAACACAAACAGUCACACCAUGUUAACGUAAGUGUGCUCGGGCCUGGACCGUUAAGUGCAACGUGAAAGCAGGCCAGCAGGGGAGUGGGUACAAUUGUGCUUGGGCACAAGUACAAGGCAACCGUGCCUAGUGCAAGUAUGCCCUUAGUUUAUUUUAUUUUUUGCCAUUUCCUUUCCAAUCCAAAGAAAAAAACUGCAGUAGACCAACGCAGUCAUGAAUACUGGUCACAGAAACCUGUCCUUCCAGCAGCAUUCUUGGGUAAAAGGGGUCAUUCAGGAACCCCAGAAAAGUCCAGCGUUUUUAAAAGAACCCCUUUAGGCACUGGGUUCCUCUCAGAACCCUCCAAAGUCCUUGAGAACUCACCCAAAUUAGAAAAGGUUCCUCCAGAAUCUGUGAGCUGAAGAAAAGUGCUUGCUGUGGAAACCAUGGUGGUGGUCAGAGUUUCCUGCAAGAGCUUCUAGGUUGUCGGUCGAGGGUUCUUCCAGGAACCUCACCCUAUGGAAAGGUUACUUGAAGCACCUUCAAUGUAAUUUUAAGUUCUCCGAAUACCCAACUGGAUAUUUGAGUAACGUCAUAUGUAAAGAGUUUCUUGAAGCACCUCAAAUAUAUUUCAAGUUCCUUGGGACACCCUAUUGGAUAUUCAAGGCACUUUUCGUUUUUAAAGUGUAGCCAGGACACAUCCGAGCUCUUUACAUCUGGUUAAAUACCUUGUUCUCAUAAGUACAAUCUGUGAAAAAAAAAGUAAAUAUUUAUAAAGAGGGCUCAUGCUUUAAUUUUCUCUGCUGUAUCGUAGUUACACUGGACCAUACUGAAUAUAUUGUUUUGUUUCUAUGGCUUUACAUUUGAGUUUUCUGUGGACAGGUCGUGGUAAAACGGGAACAACGUAAUGCUUCCCACUAGAUGGUGUGUACUUUCUAAAAUGAGAUCGAGGAGAAGGAUUUUUGUCACGUGUAUAAAAUGAAGGAAGUCGGUUUAGAGUCUUCUCUCUACAGGUCCGGGCCAGGCUUAAAACAGUUUAUAGGUUUAGCAUAUAGAGCUAUCAAGUGACAGCUAGCUAGCUCUGUAAGGACGUGAGAGCGAAACCCGCGUUUUGUUUAGGUGUGCUUGUUGUGUAAGCACUGAAUCACUAAGCUGAGUCGGACUUAUCCCAGAAUCAACAUGUACACUUAUUAAUAUAUUGGCCCUCAAAAGACCUUGAUGAGUCCGUGAACCUGUGUACAUUAAGACUAUUAAAAUGUAUUCAAAACAAGCCUUUAUAUUUUUAUACCGUACUGUAUGGUAAACCAAGAACAUGAACAAAUUUUAUAAAGAGUACAUGUUGUAGUGUCCAAAAUUCUGACAAAAUGAGUUGUGUCUUUAUCGGUGAGUUAUGACCCAUUAAUGAUUGUAUAACUAUACAACUUAAUGGCCAAAGUUGUGCUUAUUUAUGUAAGCCUAUGCUAAACUUUAGACAACCAUGUGCAGUGUUGUAAUUUCAAUAUUUAUGCUCACUGAGAAGGCUUUGUAUAUUUUUGAUUAAAGGAUAAGUGUUUAUGAAGUUGAUGUUUGUUUUGUUUUUCACACACGGCUGUCAAAAAACUGCCUUGCCCAAGUGUCAGCAGUACAGCAACAUGACCGCGUCGAAACAUCCAGAUUAGGAUGAAUGUCCACCAGUGCUGCUGCACAUAUGGCAAGCUGCGAGUUUUGUGGUUAUUUGUGUUUUUUUGGUUUUGUUUUGUUUUUUGGCGCCACCCAGUUGUGGAUGAACGAGCUAAAGAUCAAAUGAAAUACAUGUGAAACAAAUACAAUUUAUUAAAACGACUUUUUAAAAUAG